AUGGCAGAACGGGCCAAUUUGGUCUUUCACAAUAAAGCGAUAGAUGGAACUGCCAUGAAACGACUUAUUAGUAGAUUAAUAGAUCAUUUUGGAAUGGCAUAUACGUCACACAUCCUAGAUCAACUAAAGACUCUGGGUUUCCAGCAAGCCACUGCUACAUCCAUUUCAUUAGGAAUUGAUGAUCUUUUAACAAUACCUUCUAAAGGAUGGCUAGUCCAAGAUGCUGAACAGCAAAGUUUGAUUUUGGAAAAACACCACCAUUAUGGGAAUGUACACGCGGUAGAAAAAUUACGUCAAUCCAUUGAGAUAUGGUAUUCUACAAGUGAAUAUUUGCGACAAGAAAUGAAUCCCAAUUUUAGGAUGACUGACCCUUAUAAUCCAGUCCAUAUAAUGUCUUUUUCGGGAGCUAGAGGAAAUGUGUCUCAGGUACAUCAAUUAGUAGGUAUGAGAGGAUUAAUGUCGGAUCCACAAGGACAAAUGAUUGAUUUACCUAUUCAAAGCAAUUUACGGGAAGGACUCUCUUUAACAGAAUAUAUAAUUUCUUGUUACGGAGCCCGCAAAGGGGUUGUGGAUACUGCUGUACGAACAUCCGAUGCUGGAUAUCUCACGCGCAGGCUUGUCGAAGUAGUUCAACAUAUUGUUGUGCGUAGAAGAGAUUGUGGCACCAUUCGAGGUAUUUCUGUAAGUCCUCAAAACAGUACGAUGCCGGAAAGAAUUUUGAUCCAAACAUUAAUUGGUCGUGUAUUAGCAGACGAUAUAUAUAUGGGUUCACGAUGCAUUGCCACCCGAAAUCAAGAUAUCGGGGUUGGACUUGUCAAUCGAUUCAUAACGCUUCGAACCCAACUAAUAUCCAUCCGAACUCCUUUUACUUGUAGGAGUGCGUCUUGGAUCUGUCGAUUAUGUUAUGGCCGGAGUCCUACUCACGGCGGCCUGGUUGAAUUGGGAGAAGCUGUAGGUAUUAUUGCAGGUCAAUCCAUUGGGGAACCUGGUACUCAACUAACAUUAAGAACUUUUCAUACGGGUGGAGUAUUCACAGGAGGGACUGCAGAACAUGUACGAGCCCCUUCUAAUGGAAAAAUCCAAUUCAAUGAGGAUUUGGUUCAUCCCACACGUACACGUCAUGGACACCCUGCCUUUCUAUGUUAUAUCGACUUGUAUGUCACUAUUGAGAGUGACGAUAUUCUACAUAAUGUGAAUAUUCCGCCAAAAAGUUUUCUUUUAGUUCAAAAUGAUCAAUAUGUUGAAUCUGAACAAGUGAUUGCUGAAAUUCGCGCAGGGACAUCCACCUUGAAUUUUAAGGAAAGGGUUCGAAAACAUAUUUAUUCUGAUUCAGAAGGAGAAAUGCACUGGAGUACUGAUGUGUACCAUGCACCCGAAUUUACAUAUGGUAAUGUUCAUCUCUUACCAAAAACAAGUCAUUUAUGGGUAUUAUCAGGAAAGCCGUACAGAUCGAGUGUAGUCCCCUUUUCGCUCUCCAAGGAUCAAGAUCAAAUGAACACUCAUUCUCUUUCUUUCGAACAAAUAUAUAUUUCUAACCCCUCAGUCACUAACGAUCAAGUAAAAGAUAAAUUAUCGGACUCUUUUAGUAAAAAAGAGGAUAGGAUUACGGAUUAUUCAGAACUUAAUCGAAUAGGUCAUUGUAAUCUCAUCUAUCCUGCAAAAAAUUUGGAUUUAUUGGCAAAGAAACGAAGAAAUAGAUUUAUUAUUCCAUUUCAAGGAAGUCAAGAACGAAAAAAAGAAUUAAUGUCCCUUUCCGGUAUCUCGAUUGAAAUACCCAUAAAUGGUAUUUUCCGUAAAAAUAGUAUUUUUGCUUAUUUCGAUGAUCCUCGAUACCGAAGAAAGAGUUCGGGAAUUACAAAAUAUGGGACUAUAGAGAUGCAUUCAAUCGUUAAAAAAGAGGAUUUGAUUGAAUAUCGAGGAGUCAAAGAAUUUCGACCAAAAUACCAAAUGAAAGUCGAUCGGUUUUUUUUCAUUCCUGAAGAAGUUCAUAUCUUAGCCGGAUCUUCGUCCAUAAUGGUACGCAACAAUAGUAUCAUUGGAGUAGAUACGUGGAUCACUUUAAAUACAAGAAGCCGAAUAGGCGGGGUGGUCCGAGUGGAGAGGAAAAAAAAAAAGAUUGAACUUACCAUUUUUUCGGGAGAUAUCCAUUUUCCCGGGGAGACAGAUAAGAUAUCCCGACACAGUGGCAUUUUGAUACCACCAAGCAGGAAAAAUUCCAAGGACUCAAAAAAUUUAAAAAAAUGGAUCUAUGUCCAACGGAUCACCCCUACUAAGAAAAAAUAUUUUGUUUUGGUUCGGCCGGUAGUCCCAUAUGAAAUAACGGACGGUAUCAAUUUAGCAACACUUUUCCCUCAGGAUUUGUUGCAGGAAAGGGAUAAUGUGCAACUUCGAGUUGUCAAUUAUAUCCUUUAUGGAAAUGGUAAAGUCACUCGAGGAAUUUCUGACACAAGUAUUCAAUUAGUACGUACUUGUUUAGUAUUGAAUUGGAAUCAAGAUAAAAAAGGUUCUUCUAUCGAAGAGGCCCGCGGUUCCUUUGUUGAAGUAAGAACAAAUGGUAUGAUUCAAGAUUUCUUAAAGGUCAAUUUAGUGAAACCCGCUAUUUCAUAUAUCAGUAAAAGAAAUGAUCCAUCAUCCGAAAAAAAGGAGGGAUCAGAUCAUACCAAUAUGAAUCCAUUUUAUUCCAUUUAUAUUUAUCCAAAGACAAAACUUCAAAAAUCAUUUAACCAAAACCAAGGAACUGUCCGUACGUUGUUGGGUAUAAACAAAGAAUGUCAAUUUUUUUUAAUUUUGUCAUCAUCCAAUUGUUUUCGAAUAGGUCCAUUCAAGGGUGUCAAAUAUCCCAAAGAAUUAAUUAAAAAAGAUCCCCUAAUUCCAAUUAGGAAUUCAUUUGGUCCUUUAGGAACAGCCCUUCAAAUUGCUAAUUUUUUUUCAUUUUACUAUUUAAUAACUCAUAAUCAGAUCUUGGUAACUAAUUAUUUGCAACUUGACAAUUUAAAACAAACCUUUCAACCAUUUAAAUUUCAAUAUUAUUUAAUGGAUGAAAAUGGAAGAAUUUAUAAUCCCGAUCCAUGCAGUAACAUCAUUUUUAAUCCAUUCAAGUUGAAUUGGUAUUUUCUUCAUUAUCAUUUUUGUGAAGAGACAUCCACCAAAAUUGAUCUUGGACAAUUUGUUUGUGAAAAUGUAUGUAUAACCAAAAAAGGAACGCACCUAAAAUCGGGUCAAGUUCUAAUUGUUCAAUUUGACUCUGUAGUAAUAAGAUCGGCUAAGCCUUAUUUGGCUACUCCAGGAGCAACACUUCAUGGUCAUUAUGGAGAAAUCAUUUAUGAAGGGGAUACAUUAGUUACAUUUAUAUAUGAAAAAUCGAGGUCUGGUGACAUAACGCAAGGUCUUCCAAAAGUGGAACAAGUCUUAGAAGUUCGUUCGAUUGAUUCAAUAUCCAUCAAUCUAGAAAAGAGGAUUGAUAGUUGGAACGAACGUAUAACAAGAAUUCUUGGAAGUCCUUGGGGAUUCUUGAUUGGGGCUGAGCUAACUAUAGCGCAAAGUCGUAUUUCUUUGGUUAACAAGAUCCAAAAGGUUUAUCGAUCACAAGGGGUGCAGAUCCAUAAUAGACAUAUAGAAAUUAUUGUACGUCAAAUAACAUCAAAAGUCUUGGUUUCAGAAGAUGGAAUGUCUAAUGUUUUUUUGCCCGGAGAACUAAUUGGAUUGUUUCGGGCGGAACGAACGGGACGCGCUUUGGAAGAAGCGAUAUGUUACCGCGCUACCUUAUUGGGAAUAACGAGAGCAUCUCUGAAUACUCAAAGUUUUAUCUCCGAAGCGAGUUUUCAAGAAACUGCUCGAGUUUUAGCAAAAGCAGCUCUACGGGGCCGUAUUGAUUGGUUGAAAGGACUAAAAGAAAACGUUGUUCUGGGGGGGAUGAUACCUGUUGGUACCGGAUUCAAAGGAUUCGUACACCAUUCAAGUCAACAUAAGGACAUUCCUUUGAAAACAAAAAAGCAGAAUUUAUUCGAGGGAGAAAUGGGAGAUAUUUUGUUUUACCACAGAGAAUUAUUUGAGUCUUGUCUUUCAAAGAAUUAA